ACGGACCGGAAGAAGAAGACGGGAAGACAUGGCUACUAAAACAGCUCUAGCUAAUCUAAUGUUAGUGCACUAAUGUCGUCACCACGUUGUUAUGGAAGCUGACGUUCCGUUUUAACGAGAUAAUGUUACUUUUAUCCACGCAAUGUUUACCUUUUAACCAGCUCCGGCUGGCUAACGUUAGCCAGUAGGUCAGCUAGCUGGCUAACGUUAGCUAACAGCGCUUAAACCGAAGACGGGGAUGCUGCCGCUAGUCGGAGCCGAGCUGACACCAGUGCAGCUCUACCGACACCUGCUCAGGUGCUGCAGGCAGUUACCCAGCGGCGCCAUGCAGCAGCAUUACCGGCACGCCAUCAGACAGGGUUACACCAGUCACUCUGAUGAAGACGACCCAGAGAGGAUACAGAUGAUAAUCCAAAGAGCCGUAGCAGACGCAGGCUGGGUUCUGGAUAAAUACACCAAGAAGAAGUGAAGCUCUUAAACCCCUGGCUGGUGGACGGGAUGUUUUAGUUAUUGUGAAGUGAACAUCUGCCAUGAAGCAACAUCUGCUGUGUUGAGAGGAGCUACUAGGAGGAAAUACUGUUCCUAGAUUGAAAAUGACAUGACUGUAUACUCUGAUUCUUUUUUUAAAUAAAUGAUAGUGUAUACUCAAGGUUUACACUAAGACUUC